AUGACAACGGCGAAAAAAGAGCUCAAGGAGGAGCCGCACGUCUACCACGAUAAAAUGGCGACGGAUCCAGCGAAAAACCGCAUGCAUGUUUUCAAGAACACUGGCAAAGAUGUCGAUGAAAUGCGCAGACGACGAAACGAAGUGACAGUUGAGCUAAGAAAAAAUAAACGAGAAGAAACAUUACAAAAACGACGUAAUGUCCCAAUCGGCGACUCAACAGAUGAAGACGAGAUCGAGAGGACAUUGGCGACGACAGAUUUACAGGAACUUGUUUUGAACGCAGCUAAUGCUGAAAACCCCGAAGUGCAACUUGCAGCUGUACAGCAAUGUAGAAAACUAUUGUCUUCUGACAAGAACCCGCCGAUAGAUGAUUUGAUAAACACUGGAAUCCUUUCCAUCCUUGUAAUGUGUCUUUCAAGGGCAGAUAAUCCUACUCUUCAAUUUGAAGCAGCCUGGGCACUAACAAAUAUUGCAUCAGGAACAUCUGCUCAAACAAACAAAGUGGUCCACGCUGGUGCAGUGCCAUUGUUCUUGCAGCUACUCAUGUCGCCACAUGAAAAUGUUUGCGAGCAAGCAGUAUGGGCCCUUGGAAACAUUAUUGGUGAUGGUCCUAUACUUCGUGACUUUGUUGUUGAAUUGGGUGUGGUUAAGCCGUUGCUUAGUUUUAUUAAGCCUGAUAUACCCAUUUCAUUUCUACGCAAUGUGACUUGGGUCAUUGUAAACCUAUGUAGAAAUAAAGAUCCACCUCCACCUAUAAAAACUAUCCAGGAGAUUUUACCAGCGCUAAAUGUACUCAUCACUCACACUGACAUAAAUAUUUUAGUGGACACAGUGUGGGCAAUAAGUUAUUUAACUGAUGGAGGAAAUGAACAAAUUCAAAUGGUUAUAGAUUCAGGGAUUGUACCUAAAUUGAUCCCAUUGCUUUCACAUAAGGAAGUAAAGUGUCAAACAGCAGCUCUGCGAGCUGUUGGCAACAUAGUCACCGGAACAGAUGAACAAACUCAAGUUGUGCUGAACUGCGAUGCUCUAUCACACUUCCCUGCAUUGUUGUCUCAUCAGAAAGAAAAGAUCUGCAAAGAAGCAGUGUGGUUCUUGUCAAACAUAACAGCAGGUAACAAACAACAGGUGCAAGCUGUUAUCGAUGCUGGCCUUUUGCCCAAGAUAGUAGAAAACCUCAGCAAAGGAGAGUUCCAGACUCAGAAGGAAGCGGCUUGGGCAGUUUCCAACCUUUGUAUUAGUGGCACUAAGGAACAAGUUGCUGCGUUGAUACAGUGUGGUGUUAUCCCACCUUUCUGUAAUUUACUAUCUUGUAAAGACACGCAGGUUAUAAAUGUUGUAUUGGAUGGUUUAUCAAACAUGCUCAAGAUGGCUGGAGAGAAUGCCGAACAGGUGGCCAAUAUGAUUGAAGAAUGUGGAGGAAUUGACAAAAUUGAAGAACUACAGUCUCACGAAAAAGUUGAAAUAUACAAGAUGGCGUAUGAUAUCAUCGAACAGUACUUUGCUGAUGAGGAGGAAGAUGCUACGCUUGUCCCGACGACGGCUGAACAAGCCUUCCAGUUUGAACCGGCGCCAAGUGGUCCUCACGACGGCUUCCACUUCUAA